AUGGAUGAUAUUGACUGGAACUCAUUUAUAGCAUUUCCUAAUAAUAGUGACUUAGAAGAUAUAAAUCUUUUAUUUUCCUUACCUUCUAAAUCUUCUAAUGAAAAUUUUGCCGAUAUGAAUUCUCCACCACCUUCUGGUUACGAAAAUAAUAGCCUAGUUAACACAAGUCUUUUUUUGCCACUCUCUGAAUCUAACAAUAAUUGUCUACAAACUUCUAUACAUGGAAAUACCUCAUAUGAUCAUAAUAGCGAUUAUGACAAUAUCUCUUAUUCUAAAUCCUCUAACGAUAAUUUUGAAGAUACGAAUCUUUCACCACCUUCUGGUUACGUAGAAGAAAAUAAGCUGGUUAAUACAAGGCUUUUUUCACCACUUUCUGAAUCUAACAAUAAUUGUCUACCAAUUUCUAUACACGGAAAUAAUGAGAAUAAUACCUCAUUUAAUGAACAUGAUAGCGACUUUGAUAACACCGAAACAAGCAUUUUGAGUAAUGAUAAUUAUGGAGAUUUAAAUACUUCAGGCUACCAAUAUAAUCUUCGUUUGGGUAGCUGUUUUGAUGAUUGGUUAUCUGUUGAUAACUUUAUACAUAAUUAUUGUUUAGAACAAGGCUUUGGGUAUCAAAUUUUCCGUAAUGAUAAAGAUCCAAAUGAUCCUACUAUAAUUCAUCGCAAAUCUUAUCGUUGUUCUUCAAGUGGCAUUUAUGAAGCUCAAAAAGUAAUUGAUCAAAAUUCACACCAUCUACGUGGUACUACAAAAACAAAUUGUGAAUGGCAUUGCAAUUUUUCAUUUCCAAAAACUUCUCAUGAGAUAAAAUAUACAAUAUUUCAAAAUACACAUAACCACGAAAUUAAUCCUGGGCAAGUCUCUGAUGUUAUCGCUAGAUAUCGACGUCUUAAUAAUGAAAUGGUCCAAGACAUUAAAUUUUUUUUGGAAUGCAAAGUGGCUCCUAUUACUCAACUAGAGAUACUUAAAAAGAAGUAUCCGCAACAUGUGUUUCAUAAGCAUGAUGUAUAUAACACAAUAUAUAAACUGUGCCAAAAUAAUGAUGAGAGACUUGAUUCUGUUUCUUUGCUUGACAGUCUUUUUGAAAAAAUGUCCUCAGAUCCAUGCUGGAAAGUAUUUAUCAAACAUUCUUGUAACAAACGUCGUUUGUCGGGUGUUUUUUGGAUGUUACCUUUUCAGCAAGAACUAUAUUGGUGGUUUUCUGACGUAGUACUUAACGAUAACAUGUACAAGACGAAUAAAUACAACAUAUAUUUAAGUGUUUUUAUGGUUAAAGAUAAUUAUGGAAGAUUUAGAAAUGUGGCAAAUGCAUUAGUGAAAGAUGAACUUUCUUCAACAUAUGUUUGGAUAUUGGAAUGCUUAACAAAAGCAACAAACGAUAUAGUUCCAAAGUCAUUUUGGACUGAUUCUGAGUCUGGUUUAAUUAGCGCAGUUUCUCAAGUUUUUUCAAAUACACCUCACUUUUAUUGUUUGUUUCACAUCUUGCAAAAUAUAAUCAAACACCUUAGAGUAUCUUUGGGUUCGAAUUUCAAUGAGUUUAAAAAAGCUUUUUUUUCAUGUCGAAAUGCGUUAAGCAUAGAGGUUUUUGAACAUCAAUGGGAGUUUAUGGUGAAGACAUUUCCAGGAUGUGACCGUUAUAUGACGAAAAAAUUCACACUUUGCGAAGUCGAAGAGGCAAUCAAUAAAAGACAUGAAGCUGAAAUUAGAUAUUGCAAGUUGACGGACAUUAAGGCUCAGCAUUCAAUAAUUGGACUUCCACAUAUUUCAUCUCAAUUCUUUUCAAAUGUUGAUACAGUUCUUGUUAAUUUUUUAACACCUCUUAUAUUAUCUUUACAACGUUUUCAAAUUUCCCAAUCUUUUACUUACGAAGGGCGAUUAGAGCAUUCAGUACCUGAAGACUUGAAUCUUGAUAUUAUAAAUGAUAGUUUUAUAGAGGAUAUGGUCGAUGAACCACAAGCAACACUAAAGGCUCUUUUGGAUGGUACUGAUAUGUCUAUGAUUGUUGAAGUAUGGAGAAUUCGCCGCAUAGGAGGUUUUUCUCAUAAAGAUAAUUUAGUAGAUAAUAUUUUGGCGAAACUAAAUGAAGUUCUUAAAAACUCUCCAGUGCUUACAGCCUUAAAACCAUCAGCCGGUGAUACAAUUCAAGCAAAUUUUACUCUUCAGACUUUUUCAACGGCUAAAACUGCGAUUAACAUUGCAUUGGAAAUGAACUGUGAUAAUGAAUUAGUUCAACUAUUAAAAAACUUUAUAUUAACUAAACAAAAUAGUCGCAAUAAGAAUGAUACCUCAGAAGAGGCCGAAAGCAAUAAAAAUAAUAACAUUGACAAUAGUAUUAUUACCUUGCAACAAAAUUUGAUUGAUCAAACAAAUGAUCUACAUGUUACUAAAAUUCGAGGUGCUCCUAACAAGAAAAGAAUCAAAAGCGCUAUAGAAGUGUCGAAAAAGAAAAAUAUAAUGCAGGAAAUUACAAGUACAAAUAAUGUACAAGAAAAUUAUAUUGAAGAAUCAAGCUCAAGACCACAACGGAGAUGCCUGUUAUGUGGAACACCUGGCCAUUAUCAAAAAAAGUGUCCAAAUACUAAAGAAAACUGA